GAGGAGCCCUCUGAGCAUGUGCAGAAUGCCUCCUCCUCAGCCACUAUUUUACCUCAGUGAACCAAAACUUAUCGUAAGCUGUUGUCUGGGAUGGACCAGGACUCCUUCAACUCCCAAGUUCUCCAUUUCCAAUGGGACCUAUCAUCCUGAAUAUGCUCUUCCCCUACUUCAUCCAAGGAGGCCUGCUCCAGAUUUCCUGGCUUCUUCGACCUUUGGACCGUGUUGGCCUUGAUUCCUGUUGCCUCUCUUGACUUGGACUGCUUGACCAAUGCCUUUCUCUUGGCAGACUCUCACAGCGGCUCGAAAAACAGAAUUGGAGGACAGCUUCGGAGGUGACCUUAUCUGCUGGGAUUUACCUUUCAAAUCUAAACACAGCCUUCUGAAUGAAUGCAGAUCCACACUCCUUUCCACGCUUGUAUCGGGAUGCAAUAUUUGGAUUCAAGGACGCACAACGCUCAGGCUGUGUAACGCAUCAACAAUCCCUGGAAGUGAAAAAUCUGGGAGCUCCACCGGUGAUCAGUGCCUGAAAUCCACUGUCGGCCCCAGGAUGUCAGAAUACUAUUGUGAGGCUGUGACAAGUUCCACAACACUUUGUGCUACAGUGGGAAGGAUGGAGCUCCAGUUCAAAAACCGGCCUUGGUGAGCAGCCCUUCAGGACUUUUAAACUUUGACUCCAUUGUGCCUGGCAGCAACACUCAGACGGCGAAGAGACAAAACUCAUGACGUCUGCCAGGGAACGGGCAUCCGGCGCCUGCUUUUGGAUGUCGGGAAGCACCACCAUGGCUCCGUCACCAAGCAGGAGCACCAAGUAACCUGGCACACACGGCACUGAGAGGCAGAGAUUUGGAGAAGGAGAAUGACGGAGCAGUAUCCUCACACCAAAAUGGGGGCUGGUGGCAAAAAGAAAACAAGAUGGGCCAGCGCCAAGAGGGAGAAGAGAGCUUGUGCCUGAGUUACGACACUGUCUUCUUCCCCAUCCUACCUUCUCCGGAGUGACUUUAAAGGCAGCCUGAUACGAUGGAGGAAGAACCAACCUCCCUGGAGGACCUUUGCUAAAGCUUUUCCUGCCUGGCAAAGGCCAGAACUGAGGAAGGAGCUUCCUUUGCCCUCUUCACCAGACGCUUCCCUUCAUGGUUGGAAACCAUGGAGAGAAAGGAGAGGAUGGUAAAGCUCCCCACGAAACACUAGCCAAAGGCAGGGUUCUGCUGUCCAAGGAACCACCCUCCUCUUCCCCUUCCAGCAGAUACGGGGCGACCUCCCCAUCUCUGCCUGGCCCUUCCAAAUGGCAGGCCGUCGGUGGGCCGUGACAUCAGCACUGUGCACAUGCAUGGCGGCCAUGUCUCUCCUCUAUGUGGGCAAGGUGCAGGCCGACUGCUGGCUGAUCGAGGGUGAGAAGGGCUUUGUAUGGCUGGCCAUCUGUAGCCAGAACCAACCUCCUUACGAGUCCAUCCCCCAGCAGAUCAACAGCACCAUUUUGGACUUGCGGCUGAACGACAACAAGAUCAAGAGCGUGCAGUUCUCCUCCCUCAGCCGCUUCAGUAACCUCACAUACCUCAACCUGACCAAGAACGAGAUCUCGUACAUCGAGGAUGGUGCCUUUUCGGGACAGUACAACCUGCAGGUGCUGCAGCUCGGCUACAACCGCUUGAGGAACCUGACGGAGGGAAUCCUGCGGGGACUGGGGAAGCUGGAGUACCUCUACCUCCAGGCCAACCUGAUCGAGACUGUCACCCCCAAUGCCUUUGGAGAGUGCCCCAACAUCGUGAAUAUUGACCUGUCCAUGAACAGGAUCCAGAGACUGGAUAGCAACACCUUCAGGGGCCUGAACAAGCUCUCGGUCUGUGAACUCUACAGCAACCCUUUCUACUGCUCCUGUGAGCUCCUGGGCUUCCUUCAGUGGCUUGAGGGCUUCACCAACAUGACACGCACCUAUGACCGCAUGCAGUGUGACUCUCCGCCGGACUAUUCCGGCUACUACCUUUUAGGCCAGGGACGGAGUGGAUAUCGCAAUGCCCUGGGCAUGCUCUCCUCUCUUUGCACCGGUGGCCCCUACACCAUGCCGCCUUUUGUAAUCUUACCCAAGAAUCCAGUGACCACAGCUCUUCCUGAGAGCCCAUGCCCCGAGGAAGAAUGCUUCUCUGGCGAUGGCACCACGCCACAGAUCUCACUCCACACACCUGUGAUCGACCCAGGUUUGUAUCCAACCAUGAAAGUCAAGCACGUGACUCACAACUCAGCUGUGUUGAGCGUCCAGAUUCCAGCCCCUUAUAGCAAGAUGUACACGCUGGCCCAGUUUGAGAACGGCCGGUACAAUAUCCUCGCCAAGCUCCUGAAAAAGAAAGAAGAAAUCGAAUUGACUGACCUGGGCCCAAACGAAGACUACACCUAUUGCGUGACAUCCUCCAACCGAAUCGGACGGUACAACUACACUUGCCUCACCCUCAACCUCAACAAGCAGAACAGGGAAGAGCCGGUACCCAGCCCGUCAACUGCCACUCACUACAUCAUGACCAUACUAGGCUGCAUGUUUGGCAUGGUGAUCGUCCUGGGGGUGGUGUAUUACUGCCUCCGGAAGAGGCGCCAUCAGGAAGAGAAGCACAAGCAAGCCGCCAUCAACAUGAAGAAGACCAUCAUUGAGCUGAAAUAUGGGCCAGAGAUGGAGACGACCAGCAUCUCUCAGCUGUCCCAAGGCCAGAUGUUGGGUGGUGAGACCAUGACACGCAUCCCUUACCUCCCUUCGGUGGGAGAGGUUGAGCAGUACAAGUUGAUUGACAGCAGCGAGACCCCCAAGGCUACCAAGGGCAACUACAUGGAAGUGCGGACGGGUGAGCAGCCUGAACGGAGGGACUGUGACCUUCCCAUGCCACCGGACAGCCAGAGCUCAGUGGCGGAGAUUUCCACCAUCACAAAAGAAGUGGAUAAGGUGAACCAGAUCAUCAACAACUGCAUCGAUGCCUUGAAGUCGGAAUCCACCUCUUUCCAGGGGGUAAAAUCGGGGGCAGUGUCUACUGCUGAACCCCAGCUGGUGCUCUUAUCUGAACAGAUCCCCAGCAAACAUAGCUUCCUUGCUCCAGUCUACAAAGAGAGCUACAACCACCCUCUCCAGAGGCACCACAGCAUGGAAGGUCCCCCCAAACGUUCCAGCACUUCUUCCAGCGGUUCCAUCCGGAGCCCCAGAUCCUUCCGCUCUGAGGGCUCUGCCCACAAAUCAGAAGCCAAAUAUAUCGAGAAGACGUCUCCGACCACCGAUACCAUCCUCACUGUGACACCGGCGGCUGCUAUCUUGCGGGCUGAGGCCGAGAAGAUCCGGCAGUACAGCGAGCACCGCCACUCUUACCCAGGGUCCCAUCAGGGAGAGCAACACGAUAGUGGCAUGGGCGGGCGCAAGCCCUCCAUUUUGGAACCUUUGACCCGGCCUCGCCCAAGAGACCUGGCCUAUUCUCAGCUCUCCCCCCAGUACCACAACCUGAGCUACACCUCCAGCCCCGAGUACACCUGCAAACCGUCCCACAGCAUCUGGGAGCGCUUUAAACUGAACCGCAAGAGGCACAAAGACGAGGAGGAGUACAUGGCCGCCGGCCACGCCCUGCGCAAAAAGGUCCAGUUUGCCAAAGACGAGGAUCUUCACGACAUCUUAGACUACUGGAAAGGGGUUUCGGCCCAGCACAAGUCUUGAGUCCCCCCCGGCCAACUCGUGACUUAACUCUGGACCAAACAAAACAAACCAUAAAAUCAACGGCAGCAGCUAUUCUUUUUAACCCAGACUUCUCUUUAAAAACUUAUGGGAAUCUACAGUUAUUCUAUAUAAUGUAUCAGAAAGAGGGGGAAGGAGAGAGAGAUUGAGAGGAAGGAAGGG